AUGACAAAAUAAAAUAUAAAUCAAAAUUUUUUUUCUUUAGUCUUAACUAGAUAAAAUUUAAAUAGGUAAUUCAGUAUUCACUAAUUUCACUAUAAUACUACUUGGUACUUGACGGUUUUAAAUUGCAGUUAUUGACAGUUGUCGGGUAUCAGCUAGUAUCUACUCACUGUACAAACUACAACUUACUGUUAAAUGUCAUUUUUGUAAAUAAUUAGUAUUUUGUAAUUAUAUUAUAUAUUACAAUUCCUAACUUAAUUCAGUUACACAAUCAAAUAAUUUACAAAAUAAUUUGUUUGUUUUUACUUAAUUGAAAGACACAUUCAUAUUUUGACAUGGGUGACAUUAAAGAAGAAGACUGGAAUUUACCUGAGUGCAAGUAUGAAUAUUUGGACCAUACAGCAGAUAUUCAAAUACAUGCAUGGGGAAGUACUUUGUCUGAAGCAUUUGAACAAUGUGCUAAUGCUAUGUUUCAUUACAUGACAGAGGUGGAUUAUAUUGAAAUGAAAGAGUCAUAUGAUAUAGAAGUUGAGGGUCACGAUAUGAUGACUCUUUUGUAUAAUUUUCUUGAUGAAUUGUUGUUCAUUUUUAGUGCUGAACCUAAUUAUAUUGCUAGAAAAGUAAAAAUAGAAGAAUUUGACACAACCACGUUUAAAAUUAAAGCUAAAGGCUUUGGAGAAGAGUUUCAACUUGGAAAACAUCCUCAAGGUACAGAAGUCAAAGCUAUAACAUUUUCAAAUAUGCAAAUACACGAAAAUGAAGGAAAAUGUGAAGUGUUUGUAAUUUUGGAUAUUUAAUAAAUACUUAGAUUUUUGUUUAUUA